UUGCUCUACACGGCCCUCGCAUCCCAUACACUUUGCUUAAAGGUGGUGGCUGGGGCCUAUGUGGGUGGAUUUCUCAGAUCUUUGAUUGAAACAUACUCUGUCUAUCAGCAUGAUUUCUGCGGGCCAAACACGAUCAACCACUUCCUCUGUGACCUUCCUUCCAUCCUGGUUCUGUCGUGCUCUGAUACCUUCGCCAGCCAGAUGAUGAACUUCCUUGUGGGUGCUGUUGUUGGAGUGGUAUCUGUCCUGGUGAUCCUCAUCUCUUAUUGUUACACUGCUGCGGCUGUCCUGAAUGUCAGCUCAGCUGAAGGUCGGGCCAAGGCCUUCAGUACGUGUGCCUCUCAUCUGACUGCGGUGACCCUCUUCUACAGUUCUGGUCUCUUCAUGGACAUGUGACCUAGUUCCAGCUACUCCCUGGACCAGGACAGGGUGGUGUCCACAUUCUAUGCUCUGGUGAUGCUCACGAUUAAUCCCUUCAUCUACAGUCUUAGGAAUAAGACUUUUAAAAUGCCACGAGGAAAGCUGUGCUUUCAUACAGGCAUUGAUUUUUCUGACCCUGACAUAACGUUUACAAUGAAGCUGUGA